GUUAUCUCCUGCUGUUAAGUCUUGUCGAGGAGUUGCGUUCUCUUGAGAGAAGAAAGCGAAGGAAUGGCCUCCAAGCAGUCGGAUAUCAGGCACCAAGCUGGCCAGGCUGCUGGCCAUGCACAGGUGAAGAAGGAUGAGAUGGUGGAUAAGGCAUCGCAGGCCAAGGACCAGGCCGGGGGCUACAUCCAACAGGCUGGGGAGCAGGCGAGGAACAUGGCCCAGGGGGCUGCUGAUGCUGUUAAGAAUGCUGUGGGGAUGGAAGACAAGAAGAGCUCUACCAGGAGCUGAACUGAUCGCAUCCAAUCUUGUUCUGUUUCCCGGGCCUCCUUCGAGCACUUUAGCUAGUUUUGUCUUAAUAAUGUUGUCAUGUUUUGAAAGUUUCCUUGGCCUUCUUUGAGCACUUUGGCUGGUUUGCCUUAAUAACAUUGUUUUGUUUUGAAAGUUCCUUUGUUGUUCAAGUUUCCAUCAAAAUCUGGAGAGCAUGUAAUGGAUUUCUUUUUGAUGAGAGCAAUCAUGUAAUGAACUUGAUUUAGUUUCUGCUUCUUCA